AUGUAUCUGAGCCAUAUUUUGGAUAAUUGUAUGACAAUUCUGAUUGGGUUGAUUGUCAAAUUAUUCUACAUGGUUGGUAGGGAGAAUUUGGAGUCCAGUGCGGAGUUAGAUAUUUCUCUCCUCAUUGGUUCGGAGGUUUUUGAUGACGAAAAGAGAAGUAACAUCCACAAUUUUCUCCUCUGGAUCAUGAUGGUUGCGGAUAUGAAACUAUGUGCCAACACUUUCAAGGUUAAGAUGUAG